AUUUGAAGCAAGCCACUGGCCAUGGAGAGUCAUGGUCCCCGUUUUAAUUAUUCAAUUCGCUAGAAUUCGUGUCGCGUCUGAUUUCACGGUAGACUUCAAUUUCUAGCCAGGUCAUCAUCAUCUACCUCAAAAGCCAAAUUCGGGCGAAGCCAACAUUAACUACCUACGUAGAUACUUCUUAUUUUUCGACCACGUUCUUUACUUACUAGUUAAACCUAUCAACUCGAACUUGUUUGCCAUCUUAUAAUUGACAAUGCUCGGCACUCUCGUCGGUUUAGCCAUGUUGGUGGCCGCCUCCGUCGUCUUUCUCUACUACUCGAUCUGGACGUUGGCCAUGCCCUUCGUCGACUCCGACCACCCCCUCCACAACUUCUUCCCCCCACGGGUCUGGGCUAUUCGCAUACCUGUUAUCCUUAUUCUUCUCGGAUGCGCCGUCGUUGGCUCGUUUCUGAGUGUCGUCAUGAUCCGUAGCAACAGGAAGAAAGCUGCCAAGGCCAAGGCCGCAGCAGCUAAGAAGAAGGCGUAGAUGAUAUGUAGCUCAUAUGAUCAGAAAAGAAAAGAAAAACAUAUAGUUGACGUGCGUGCGGGAAUUGGGCAAAGUAGGGCUUAAUUGGACUUUAGUUAUGACAUUGCAAGCGUUGCCCUAAAUCAGCUGGGUGGUCUAUGUUGCUAAAUCUACAUCUUUAAAAAAAAGAAAAAAAAACCUCGAAAGAAAGAAUGAAUGAUGGUCAAUACAGCUCACAACCUGGGAGAUGAAUGCCAGAGGUGAUUUGACGGUAUCUAAUUGAG